AAGAGUGACUCGAUAUUCGUUUGUUGGCCCGUGGUUAUGUGUGUGUGAGAGAGAGAGCAGAAGGAGGAAGACUGGUGGCUUUCUUUAGAGCUGACGGGGACGGACAGAAAACAAUACCGAAUACGUGGUCAUACCCGAUUCACUCUGCUGCUGAGUCGUGCCGGUCAAUAAAAGUUCACUUUUGGGAGACGUAAAAAUGGGGAUCCGCAAAAAGACCAACAAGAACCCGCCGGUGUUGAGCCACGAGUUUAUCAUCCAGAACCAUGCAGAUAUUGUGUCCUGUGUUGCUAUGGUGUUCCUCCUCGGGUUGAUGUUUGAGGUCACCUCGAAGGUUGCAGUGCUGUUCAUCACUGUCCAAUACAACGUUACCAUCUCUGAAAACGAGGGUCUGCCAGAGGAGAGUGUGGUGAACCACUUCCACCACGGGCUGAAGGAUGUGGCUACGGUCUUCUUCUACAUGCUGGUGGCCAUCAUUAUCCACGCCAUCAUUCAGGAGUAUGUUCUGGAUAAAAUCAACCGGAAGAUGCACUUCUCGAAGACCAAGCACAGCAAGUUCAACGAGUCAGGCCAGCUCUCUGCCUUCUACCUGUUCUCCUUCGGAUGGGGAACCAACAUCCUCAUGUCGGAGAACUUCCUGUCCAACCCAGUGAAUCUGUGGGAAGGCUACCCCCAUACCUUGAUGCCGUUUCAGAUGAAGUUCUUUUUCAUCUGUCAGAUGGGUUACUGGCUUCACGCUCUGCCCGAGCUCUACUUCCAGAAGACCAAGAAGGAAGAUAUUCCUCGUCAGUUGGUGUAUAUCGCUCUGUACUUGGUUCACAUCGCAGGAGCCUACAUUCUCAAUCUGAAUCGUCUGGCUCUGGUCCUGCUGGUGUUGCACUGCUUCGUAGAGCUUCUCUUCCACGUGUCCCGCCUGGUCUACUUCAGCAACGAGAAGAGACAGACUGGGUUUACUGUCUGGGCAGUACUGUUUGUUCUUGGACGGCUGCUCACCCUGUCCCUGUCUGUCCUGACUGUGGGUUUCGGCCUUGCCAACGCUGAUCAACAGGUACUGGACCUGGCUAACGGAAACUUCAACGUGCUCUUUGUUCGGAUCACUGUGCUGGCGACCAUCUGUGUGACUCAGGCCUUCAUGAUGUGGAAGUUCAUCAACUUCCAGCUGAGGAGGUGGAGAGAGCAGGCCCAGGCCCAGCCCGUGAAACCCAAGAAGCCCCAAGCUCCCAAGAGCAAGUCCAAGAAAGACAAAGCCAAUGGAGUGAACGGAGUAAGUUCCAACGGAGCUGAUUCGCCGAGAUCAAAGAAAGAGAAGUCCUCAUAAAGUCCACCCUCAACCCCUCCAACCCCUACCCACCCCAAAAAGACUCCCUUACAUCCUGUCCCCCUCCAACCCCUACCCACCCCAAAAAGACUCCCUUACAUCCUGUCCCCCUCCAACCCCUACCCACCCCAAAAAGACUCCCUUAUAUCCUGUCCCCCUCCAACCCCUACCCACCCCAAAAAGACUCCCUUACAUCCUGUCCCCCUCCAACCCCUACCCACCCCAAAAAGACUCCCUUAUAUCCUGUCCCCCUCCAACCCCUACCCACCCCAAAAAGACUCCCUUAUAUCCUGUCCCCCCUCAACCCCUCCAACCCCUACCCACCCCAAAAAGACUCCCUUACAUCCUGUCCCCCUCCAACCCCUACCCACCCCAAAAAGACUCCCUACAUCCUGUCCCCCUCCAACCCCUACCCACCCCAAAAAGACUCCUAUAUACUGUCCCCCUCCAACCCCAAAAAGACUCCCCUAUAUCCCUUCCCCCUCAUGCUGCACCCAGCCUUCUCAUGCCACUGCUCUAGCUGUUGUCACCAGCCCCAAACCCUCCCCUAAACCCUAUGGACCAUCAACUAGUUUCAGUCGCAGGCCACGUUAUUGUUUAUUUUCUUGAGCGGAUGGUCAGGGGGCCAGAACAUAAUUACAAAUCAUUUGUAGACUGCAAAUUGACCACAGGAAACCCAAACAGAUAUAAUAUUUGACUAAAACAUAAUCAUUUCAAACCUUGCUUACGUUCGUAUACAAUCACUUUGGAACAUAUUUCUAAAAUUUAAAAUGACUUGGAGCUGAUUGGCUGGUGUUUCUAGUCUUAUGUCCAACACUAAAAAAUACAAAAUAAAAACGUUUUUAAUUUUUUUUUUGGUCAAUUUGGGGAAUGGCCCAUGGGCCUCCUGUUGGGGGAACCCUGGCCCCCCUAAGCACUUCUGGAGAUCAAAAUGUAUUGAAUUGGUAUAAGCAGUAUGGUGAAACUUCAACCUUGAUCUUAUCAUCUGAAGGACUACAGCUCCUCCCAGUAGGACUACAAACUCCACAAUGCAUCUCGGCUUUAUCUGCUCCUUGCCAAUCUCAAGUGAUCCCAAUUUUUUUCUUCCCAUUAUCGUCACGUGCCAUUACUUACAGAAAAAGAAAAUAAUAAUAAUAAAAAAUAUAUAUAUAUAUAUAACUUAUUUAAGUGCCUAUUGAUACAGAUUGUUUUGUACAGUUUUAAAAUUUCAGGAAUGAUGGAGAAGAAAAAUAAAUCAGUGUUUUCAGUAAUCUGUUUCUAAAGUCAAACGUUUCAUAUGCCAUUUAUUUUCUUCCAACAUUUUUAUUUAUCAGACUGUAUGACAUUCUGUUUCUUUAACAAAAAGGGCUUCUUGAAUUCAUUCUCAUCUGUUUGGAAUCACGAGCAGAGAAACUCCAUGCACCUGCCUACUUUCAGAGGUUUAGUUACAUCGUUCUUAUUUCUUCUUCUUUUCCAGUAGUUGAAAGGGCUUCAUUCCUCCUUGUUUCCUUUCCUUCAUCAACACAAGGGUUACUAGACUGGAUAGGAUUCAUUGCUUUCCCACCACAGUGCUUUAACCUACCAGUUUGUGUGUCCCAAAUACCAUUCUUAUUCCCAAUAUAGUGCUCCACUUUUGACCAGAGGUGUAUUGGUUGUGGUCAAAAGUAGUGCACUACAGAAGGAAUAGAGUCCCAGACAUUCUCUCAGGACACUGGCAGUGAGAACGCAGGACAGGGAACAAGGAUUGGAAGCCAUUUUAGAGAAUUUGGAGUUUUAAUUUGCUUUUCAAGCCUUUUGCAUUGGUGCUGUAAAAAACAGGGCCCUGUUUUACGUCUCUGUUUAAUGCAUCCUUCGUGUGGUGUCUUUUUCUCCCCUGAAGCAAUCGCUGAUCUAACGUGAUUGGAUAGGGCUGUUUACCCCAAUCCAGCCAAUGGUAGGAUCAGUGGUCACUCUAUGUGGAGGGAGGAAGCAAUUAUUGAUGUGUAUCCUAAAUGGCACCCUAUUCCAUACAUACAUACAUACAUACAUACAUACAUACAUACAUACAUACAUACAUACAUACAUACAUACAUACAUACAUACAUACAUACAUACAUACAUAUAUUAGUGCACUACUUAUGACCUCAGCCCAUUGUCUCUGUACACUAUAUAGGGAAUAGGGUGCCAUGACCACUGCCCAUGUGUAUGUAUGUGUCAUUUGGGGUACAACUGUGGAGUUGUGGUGUUUUUAGAGAUAAUCUAGAGUGCCUACCAAGGCACUGAAAGGAUGUGUUCCCUAUCUCUCUUUUCAGAUCUACAUGAAGGGCUGUGAGCUGGAUGGCACCCCAUUUCCCUAUAUAGUGCACUACUUUUGUGACUAGGACUCAGGUGUAAAGUAGUGCACUAUAUAAAGACGAUAGGUUGUCAUUGGGGGUGUAGACAUUGUAUUCAUGUCUCCUUUGAACAUGUCCACGAGAAUAUAAUUUUGUUGUUGAAGACAUUAUGGAUAAAGAAAUGUUUCGUUGUUCUGUUUUUAUGCCCGUUUUAAAUGUGCCAAAUGCUAGUUCUCCUCAUGACACAGGGCAUAAAACCCACCCUGGCUCUUUACUGUUGUUCAACAUGCCCACUCGUUGCCAUUAAACAUUAUUUACACAAAGAAA